AUGGCGAACGGGGACAAAGGUACCGACGAAACGCCUGACGAAGAGGACCAGAAGAAGGAUAAGAAGGAAGAAGAGCAGAAGAAAGAAGAGGAGAGGAAAUCUAAGGAGCGUAAAAAAUGGCGAAAAGAACCGGGACCCUGCAAGGAUAAUUACGGAUCAGUUUCAAAAGCAGCUCUGAAUGCAAAAGGGACAAGAAAAGUUUUUUUCGUAGUCACUAUCGUUUUUGCACAAACUUAUAAUCGUGAUGUAAAUAAUAGGCUUUUAUUCUUCUCGUUUCACAUUGCAUCAGCAUCCACGCGUACGGAGGAAUUGGCAAAGCCUCAUAUUCACGUCAGCACGGCGUGCAGAGACGACGCCUUCGGCGUUAAAAAGAGCGCCCUCUCAGGAUCAGCUUCUGCACGGGUAUCCGAAAUGGCGAAACCGAAUCAUCCUGCCGAUCCUGUUGAAAGACCACCACCACGAGAGAAGAACGCUUUCGGUGCUCCGAUAUUUCCCCAGCCGAAAUUCGGUAAGCGACUGCCAAAAGUGAAACCGUAUAAAAUGGGCGAGUGUAAGGAUAAAGACAAUAAGGAUAAAGGGAAGGCGAAUGAAUCGGAGAAUAGUAUGAAAAAAUAUGAGUCUGUACCGUUGUAUCCAAGUAUUGAUCCUUGCAUUGAUCCUGCCGGUGCCAAAAAGCAAGCUAAAGCCAGAAAGGCUGCUGAAGAAGCAAAGAAGGCGAGGAGGGAGAAGCGGAGGCAAAAACAACAGGCGAAAAGUGAUCAAGUGAAGCAGGAGAAUAACGAAAAGAAUAAGUGAAAACAUGAUCGGGAUGAAGAAAUGAAGAAAAAAAUUUGCUGUCAAGGAUCAGCACCCCGUGAAAAUUAUAACUCAUGAUGUCACGAAGAGGAAAACUUUGAAGAAUUUGAUCUUGUCAGUGACUGAUUUAUGCUAAACGUAGCUAAAU